UUCAUUAUGGGAUUAUCUAUCAGAGUAUCGUUCAGUUACCGUAAAAUCGUGACGCCAGAUUGCCAUGGAAACUACAUUACGCUUCCAGUUGAGAAAACAGUGCGUGGUUGAACUUCAGUUUGUUUCAGCACCACUGUCUUGUUGGACAGCGAUCACGCACGAACCUACAGCUUCGCAAGAUAACGAAUUGUGUCUACGACACCUGUUGGAUAUCACUUAUUGUUGUUUUUAUCACUAUAGUUUGGCUAAGUUCUACCAUUUCAUUCAGCAGUUAGGUAAACCCAAGAUAAUGGAGCUCCAAAUGGAUAGAAGAUUCCACAACUUGACCCUGGAGCAAGUCCAGACUCUGGACCAGGUGUUGACAGAGGUGAUCCACAUCCACGGCCGAGGGAACUUCCCCACCCUGGAGGUGAGACCCAAGGACAUCAUCCACGUAGUGAAGGACCGGCUAGUGGAGAGGGAGAUCAGGGUCAGGGACAUCCGCCUCAAUGGCUCCACCGCCAGCUAUGUGAUGGUCAGGGACAACGGCACGGGCUACAGAGACCUGGACAUCAUCUUUGGAGUGGAGCUGCCCAGACAGGAGGACUUCCAGGUUAUCAAGGAGGUGGUGCUGGGCAGCCUGCGUGACCUCCUUCCCCGUGGGGUCAACAGACGCAAGAUCACCUGCCUCACCAUGAAGGAGGCCUACGUACAGAAAAUGGUCAAGGUCUUCAAUGAGCACGACCGCUGGAGCCUAAUCUCACUGUCCAAUAACAGGGGUAAGACUGUGGAGCUCAGGUUCGUAAAUUCCCUGCGACGACAGUUUGAAUUCAGUGUGGACUCCUUCCAGAUUAUAUUGGACCAUAUGCUGGAGUCAUAUUGGGAGACUGAGAGGAGGCAAGAGGGUCAGUGUGAGGGAUUGGAGUUACACAAUGGCAAUGUGUUAUAUCUGGAUAGAGGGGCAGAGAAAACCAUAAUGGAACCCCAGUACCCUUCCACCUCUGUGAAUCUAAAAGAAGAUAAAGACAAUGACUCAAUGAUGACACACUUCACUGACAGUCUAUGCCACAGUGAAGAGGUUAUUGUUCAAAAGGAAGAAUUAUCGCAUCCUAUGGAUGUGCAUGCAACUGGAAUGCAAGAGGAACAGGAAGUGUUAGAGAAAGCAGAGCUAGACCUGGGAUCUCUGGAGGACGAGGAAGAGGUAGAAGAGGAGGUGGUGGUAACGGUUGAUACAGUAAAAAUACAAUUUGUUCAGAAUACAGAUUACCUCUCAGUUAUAUCCUCCAAAACAAUGACAGAAGAGAUGGAACCUCUGGUGCCAAAUACAUCUGUAGACCCUCAAAAUAACACAGAGGAGUCAUUGAUUUCUGAGUCAAAAGACAUCAAUUCAUCCCCCAUGUUGCUCACAGCGAACUCAGCACUGCAACAAGAGCAAGCUCAACUUCAGGUGAUACUUCAAUCCACAUCCCAAGACUGCACUGCUGUCACACAAAACAUACACCUUGAACAUGCAUUCCUUCCCCCAGCCAAGAAAACCUAUGACACAUCCCAGCAAGUUGUCCCUGACUUUUGCCCCUCACCUAAAUCUCUAAGGAAGAUGUCACGAAAGAUGAGCAGCACUUCAUCACUCCCUGAAAAAUGGUCUUUGUUAAAAGAUCUGUCAGAUCUUACAACACAGCUGUUUGAGCCUAUAGAAAUACUCCCAACAAUACAACCAAAUCCCUCUUUAAUAGACACUGAUCAAGGCCAUUAUUCAUCCUCCUCAGGGUCCAGACAGAGGAACUUAGAGAGCACUAAAACACUCACAGAUCACCUUACUCCAGCUGUUUCAUCCCAAGAUAAAAACAUAUCACCCCACAACAUAGAACAAAUAGUCAGAGUGAAAUACUCAAAAAAGCCUCCCGACUCAGAAGCUACUCAGGAAUCAGUGUCCCUUCAAACCACAGGAGACAGAGUCCCAGAGUCUGAGCCUGCUGCUGCUCAGGAACCAGGGCCACCAGAGACAACCACAGUCUUUCCAGGGCCAAGCUCGGCCUUAAAAGACAGGGUCAGCAUCACUGUGGUAGCAGAGUGCAUGUACGGGGACUUUGAGCAAGCCAUGGAUCACCUGCGCUUCCGACUCAUUGCCACCCAUAACCCAGAGGAGAUCAGAGGAGGUGGACUUCUGAAGUACAGUGACCUGCUCGUGAGGAACUUCAGGCCAGCCAGUGAGACAGAGAUCAAGUCCCUUGAGCGUUACAUGUGCUCCCGCUUCUUUAUUGACUUUCCUGACCUCAGCGAGCAGCAGCGCAAAAUCGAGGCCUACCUGCGCUGCCACUUUAUUGGCGACGAGGAGAUGAGCAAAUAUGACUUUCUGAUGACCCUGCGUCGGGUGAUAGAUGAGAGUACAGUGUGUCUGAUGGGACAUGAGCGGAGGCAGACACUCAAUAUGAUCACUGUGCUGGCUCUGAGGGUGCUGGGGGAACAGAAUGCCAUUCCCAAUACUGCCAACGUCACCUGCUUCUACCAGCCUGCACCUUACAUGGCUGACCCCAUAUUCAGCAGCUACUACAUUCCCCAGGCAGCACAGCCCCCCCUCCUUUACCACCCCUACCCUUUACAUGUCCACAUGCAGACCGGCCUGGUGUAGGUCCCAGCAUGUGAGUGGGGGUGAGCAUGCAGGCUGCGUUCUAUAUGGUUCUACUCUGUAACCAGAGACACAAAAUAGAUUUUAAAAAGAAAACAGGCUGCAUGAGCACAGUUUGUUCAAUGCUUUGAAAAGACACUGCCUAUGAUGUGAGAGACAGUGGACAUAGAAUAGGGAGGAUUGGAGUUCUUUAGAUAAAGGCUGGCCACCACGUCACCGUAAAUUUUUGUUUUGAAUGGGAGAGAGAAUAGCUGUGAGGGAAAAUGUCAGAGGGAAAGAACCGUUUACAUGGUUGUUUCAGCUGCAUCAGCAGGGCAGGCAGGCAGGCUUUGGCCGUGUUCAAGAGCAUGCAAUCUGUGAUGCAUUGUGGGUAAAUGUUGACUGAAUGAUUUACAAAUAAUAAUGAGUAGGUAUUUAUGAUGCAAAAUUAGUUGUAGAUCUGUCGGCUGCAAUGUCAAACAAGUCCUUUGUCACCUUCCUGUGACGGGGGAUCCUAGAUUGUCAAUUAAUGAGAAAGUUGUUUAACAUCACAGAAAUACUGUAUGAAGUGUAAACCGAGCGUUUCUUAUAUUAUUAACUGGGUGGUUCGAGUCCUGAACGCUGAUUGGCUGACAGCCAUGGUAUAUCAGACCAUAUACCACAUGUAUGACAAAACAUUUAUUUUUACUGCUCUAAUUACAUUGUAACCAGUUUAUAAUAGCAAUAAGGUACCUCUGGGGUUUGUGAUAUAUGGCCAACAUACCACGGCAAAGGGCUGUGUCCGCGUUGCAUCGUGGCUAAGAACAGCCCUUUGCCGUGGUAUAUUGGCCAUAUACUACACCUCCUCAGGCAAUAUUGCUUAAAUAUACUAUAGUGAGGUAGAUGAGGGUUAAGUAUGCUGCAGUGGAUGAAGGUAGAAACACUUCAAAUUAAAAAUACCAUAUAGACAAAUCACAACACAAUGUACAAAUGAGACAGUAUCUGAUCAAGCCUGCUGUGUUUUAGAGAAACUCAAUAUAGCGUCAGUUCUUCAAUUUAAGUGAAUUAACUUUCUUGAAGUGAUCAUACUUGUUUAAUAUUGUAUUGUAAUCACAAAUCUUGAUAUGACAUAAGCUGUGCUUAGGUAUUGGGAAAAUGUGGAGUACAUAUUGAUUUGUUAUCUGGGUGUUAACAAUGUCUGAUUGCAUCCUUGGUGAAUGUUUUAGUGUCUAAUGAGUGACAAAGGUCAUUUAUCAGGGCAAAAAUCAGGGUCAUUAAGAUGAGAGAUUCUAAAGUGGUUUAAACUAUCACCCCUCAAUUUCUCUUACGUGGUAGUAUUUACAGAUAAGUUGACCAUAUGCGACAAUGACACACAGCAAUUGUUAUUUCCCAGGGUGUGGUACUUCAUUGUAUAAGAUACACAAGAGGUACUGUAAAAGACCUACAACAUGUAUUUUCAGCACAGGCAUGGCAGUGAGUUACUUUAUCGGGCAAUUGAAUCUGAAGCACAAUGUAAACGUACGCAACCUUAUUGUUGAUUAGUGAACUAUAGAUGUAGCGGAUGUAUUUGUGAUUAACCAGUUCAAUAUUGAUGAAAGUCUAAUGUAAAUGUAACUGCAGUAAUCUGGUACUUUCAUAUACCAUAGCUUUGAUUGUAAAUUGUGAUACAGUAAUCUGUUGGGAUUCUUUAGGUGGAAUUAUUUUGUGUCUGAACUUGUUCCGGGGCUACUAGAGAAACAUCAUGAAUUUUCAUGAUCUCUGUAUUCAUAUUCAAAAAUGCUGAAUUUGUAUGGUCAUUUUGAUAAUAAACCUCACGCACUUAAA